AUGGACGACGAUUGGGAUAAACCAACUGUUAUUCGUAAAAAAGCGACCGUAGCUAAAGUUACUAAAGGUACUACAGCGAUUAACGCGGCUCGUCGUGCCGGUGCUGUUGUCGGUGUAGAACGCAAAACUUCUGGUGGUACCAAUAAAGGACAUGCUAUGACCGAUCAUCAAAGGAUAGCUAAACUUGAUCGAGAAAAUGAAGUGGCACCUCCACCAAAAAUUAGCUUAUCAGUUGGUAAAGCUAUUCAACAGGCAAGGCAAGCCAAAGGUUUAACACAAAAAGAACUCGGUCAAAAGAUCAACGAAAAAGCUAACAUUAUUAAUGAUUAUGAGAUGAGUCGAACUAUCCCAAACCCCAUCAUACUUGGAAAGUUGGAAAGUAUUCUUAAUAUUAAGUUACGUGGUAAAAAUAUUGGGGAACCUCGACACAAGUAA